AAAAAAAGAGAUUUGAUGGAAUUUGAUCAGGAAAACAUUGUACGAGGAUGCACUCCUUUAUGCUUAGCAACUAAAUUAAGAAAAUUAGACGACGAUGACACGGACGACGAUGAGGACGACGAUGACGAAGGCAACCCAAAUAAUGUUUCUUAUUUAAAGGACAACAAACCAUCGUUGGAUGAUGUUUCUUAUUUACGGAACGACAAACCUUGGUUGGGCGUCAAAUUACCGGGUGUAAGAGUAUAUCUGCUUGAAGAUCUCGUGACAAAGAAUUUUGAAGUAUAUGAUAGACUUGUUGGUGUGAGCAAAAUGUCUCUUGAUUUUUACGAAAAAAAUCAUCCGGGAGAGUCUUAUAAAUUUGACAGCUUGAAGUAUGCGGAGAGUAGACCUAUUGGUGGGAUACAAUACAAAAUCGCCUUUUUGGCAAAGAACUUGAGGGGAGAAGAUGGUGGUCCUUUAGAAACAUUUGAAGCCCGAGUAAAUAUCUUAGGCCAAAUCCGCCGCAAGGUGAUUGAAUGUAAUAAGCUAGUGAAGUAGAGUAGCUUGGAUAUUGAAUUAUAUUCCUCUACCAUGUCUUAAUUAAUGACCAUACAGCAUAUGAAAAUUUAUCUUUC